GCAGCGGAGAGGGUGAGGGGAGGUGCACGCUGCAGGGGCUGCAGCGAAGAAGAGGGAAGCGGUGCAUGGUGUAGUAGAGAGGAGCGGUGAAUCUCGCAAAGAUUGCUGCAUUGGGGCCGUGCAUCUUACAGAGCUACAACAGCGGGCUGGCGCAUCGUGCAGUAUGCAGAGCACCGUGCUCCUCUUGUUCCUGUCCCUGGCCCCUUUUGCUCGCUGCAUCCCCCCUUUGCCCAGGGAACUACCCCAGGAAGAUGCGACAGGCAGCUUGCACCAAACGAGUCUCAGGGAGAUGUUUGAGGAGGUGGAAGAGCUGAUGGAGGACACACAACAAAAGCUACAAGGAGCCGCUCGGGAGAUGGAGUUGAAGCAAGGGAGGAUGUUACGUGAUCUGGAGAGUGUAUCAGCCAAUUACAGCAAAUCCAACACACGGUCCAGGGCGAGAAACCGGACUGUCAGCACUCAGCUGGAAAACAAGAAGGAGUGUAUUGUUGAUGAGGAUUGCAGGAAAGACCAUUUCUGCUGGGUUGAUGUCUUGGAAUCGAAGUGCCUUCCCCAGAGAGCACAGGAGGAGAACUGUACUCGAGAUGGAGAAUGUAAUUCGGAUUCUUUGUGUAUCUGGGGACAAUGCAAAACGGGUGCCGUGAAAGGAGGAACGGGCUCCAUCUGUGAUAAGCAACAUGACUGCAGUGGGGAGCUAUGUUGUGCCUUCCAUACCUAUCUCUUGUUUCCUGUGUGUACCCCACUGCCCACCAAGGGCCAACCCUGCCAUGAUCCCACACUCCGAAGUUUGGACCUCAUCACUUGGGAACUGGAGCCUGAAGGAGCUUUAGACCGCUGUCCCUGCUUGAAGGGGCUAGUGUGCCAACCUGAAGGUAACGUCUUUUUGUCAGUGUGUAAGGAGUCUGAUCUUGAGCAAAAGGUGAUCGCUGCAGACCUGUCUCAGUACAUGGAAAUGGAAGAGGCUCCGUUUCUUCAACUUGUAGCCUUGGAAGGUCCUGGUGAUGUGGAGAGCUACACCUACACAAUGCCAGAUGGGGAAGAGAUGCGGGCCACAGGGCUGGAUUCAUUGACUGAUCUUUAUAACAAGGGGAGCCCAGAGGAGCACGAUGAUCCCGACACCAUGUGAGAUUCCACAGGGAGAGGGCGGCAGUCUAAGAGGACAGGAUUCGGUUGAAAAUGCUAACAUUUCUUUGUUGUCCAAACCAGGUCUCUGACAACUCCUCAGUCACCUUUCUGUGCAAAAGGAAAAGCAAAAGCAACUAGAGGCUUAAUUGUGGGUUAUUUUUAAUAUGAUGUGUAGUUCUAAUUGGCAUUCUGUCUACACUGUACCCUUUACAGCUUUCUUUAGUGAUGCAGGCUGUAACUCUGUCCCGAACGUAUUAAUGUUCUGAGCUGCGAGGUUUUACAUGUCGCACGGUUUACCAUAUUUGGAGCAUUGCAGAAUACAAGCUGUUUACCUUUUGUGAGAACUGAACACUGGUGAAAUCUGCUCUGCCCUCAAGUCAGCUCCAUUCUUUUGAAAUAUGUGCCCAAAAAACAGCAAAUAACCAGCAGGUUGUGGCUUUUCCUCGCUAAAAUAUUUUCUGAGUACGUAACUGAUUGUAUUAAUCAAUAAAAAGGCACCUUUUCAGUUGUGACAUUG